AGUCAUAACAAUAACAAUAAUAACCAAAGUGUGAAAACAACCCCAAAAUGCAGUACAAGAUGUACACUUCAGACAUUCUGAGGUAAACACUGCACCAUAUAGUUCUCUAUCUAGAGAAUCUGAGAGACAAAAUCUCCAGGAAAUGCGGUCUAUACCGUUAGGUAUUGCAAUAUCCCCAACCUCCAUAAACAGCGGCUUCCAUUUCAAGAAACAGCAACAAUCUUUCUCUAGCUCUUCUCCUUUUUCUAAGGUCUCUAAUGAACCUUCUUUGUCUCCUCUCCUCAAAUCAGGAGAAUGCAGAGCCAGUCAAGUGGUUGAAUUAUUUCCUACUGUGUCCCCAGAGAUUGUUGUGAGGGAAGCAAGGUUGGAGGAUUGUUGGGAAGUGGCUGAGACUCACUGCAGCUCCUUCUUUCCCAACUACUCUUUCCCUCUAGAUUUCGUGUUGAGGAUUGAUAGGCUGGUGGCAAUGCUUUCAGGAUUCUCUAUACCAUCUGGUUGCAAGAGAACUUGUCUGGUCGCUGUCAUUGGGAGCUCUGGUGAUGAAACUUUCUGCUUUGGUAAUGAAGAUUUCAAAGUUGGAGGUUUUGAUGGGAAAUUCAGUCUCAAUAGAGGGUAUGUUACUGGCAUAUUGACUGUGGAUACUGUAGCUGAUUUUCUUCCAAGAAAAGGCCCACUUCGGCAAAGAAGGACUGGGAUUGCAUACAUAUCAAAUGUUGCUGUUCGGGAGAAAUACCGAAGGAAGGGCAUAGCUAAGAGACUUAUAGCAAAGGCAGAGGCUCAAGCCAGGAGCUGGGGCUGUCGUGCCAUUGCUUUGCACUGUGAUCUGAACAAUUCCGGCGCCACAAAAUUGUACAAGGACCAGGGUUUCAAAUGCAUUAAGGUGCCAGAAGGAGCAAACUGGCCUCAGCCUAGAACAACUCCAGACACCAAAUUCAAUUUCAUGAUGAAGCUUCUAAAAGCCUCAGCAACCACUUAGAACUUGUAGGAGGACAGAUUUGGAUAUUUAAAUGAAAAUUGUAGGUAAAAAAGAUAAAAAGUAGGACAAAUUUGAAGUAUCUCUUGUAUAUAUGUAUAAGAAAAAUCUUAAUGACACUGUACUUAUGGUGCCUGUAAUUGUUCUAUAUCUGCCUAUUGGCUACUUGUAUAAUAGAGAAUCUUUUUUUUUUUUUUUU